AAUGUACUAACGACUGCAGGCAGUUCCGGAAAAUUCGUCACGUCAAAUCGUUUGGUUUAUUAUAUCUAUGUAUGUGUGUUGUGAUAUUAUGUUUUCCGUUGGAUAUGUCCAUUGCCUGUUAUUCCGGGAUACAUAUGGGGGUUGUACAGUAUUAGAGGGAGACGUCUAAUAUCGUGGUAUAUCUGGACCAUGUGUUACACACAAACACACAUACGCCGUGGAUCGAUAUUAAAGGGAUGAAUUAAAAUGGUUUUAGACAACACGAAACUCUCCAUUGUUAUCGCCAUUACAAACCAGUCACCCCAACAUCCGGGUUACCUCUGAGAAACCGGAGACCAGCUACCAGCAAUACAGAAACUUCAUGAUAACCGAUUGAACAAGGCUAAGAAAGCUCACUUCGCACGAAGGAGGUCAAGACACAAGGUAGGAUGGAUUUAGACUUUUUUGUGUGGAGUUAACAAAGAAGCACAAAUCUGCCGGGAUCUGCGUUUCCUACCUGUUGGAUUAGGCAAUGGAUGAUGGUACAAAGUCGGUAGCUCGAGGAUCACCGCACGAAUCGUUAACUCAGGCAAUUAUUACGACGCGGGAAACAUAUAGGUGUGAUAUGGGUAAGGGUCAAGGUCAUCAUUAAUGGAAUCUAUUUUUAAUCCCCUUGAAGGUAAAUAUACUCCGAUAUGUUACCCUGACUCUUACGUAAGUCUGUUAGAUACAUGGAUCCAAUAACCGUCCUGGAAAAAGGUUGAGCAAUUGGUAAAGUGUGCACGCGUAAGCAGACGACCGGAAGUGAGUAAAAGGAUUACCUUUCGGAUUCGAGACGGGUUAAUUUCUUUCGAUGCUGUUUAUUUCACUUAUCUAGUCUUCCAAAGUCUAUAUCAUCAGUGGUUUACAUGAAAAGUGAGCAGGGAAUACACGGCCAACGAUUCACGUUCUACGGACUUCAUACUAUGGAUAAGGUCGGAAGGAUAUGAAGAAGCAAAACGUCCGAACUCUAUCACUAAUCGUUUGUACGUUCACUUACCUUUUAAUUGGAGCGGCUGUUUUUGAUGCCUUAGAGUCAGAAUACGAGAUUGAACACCGACGGAAGUAUCAUCUGGAGGAGCAGACCUUUAAGUCUAACUACAACAUAACCACUGAAGACUAUGAACGCCUGCGUAAGAACAUCCUGAAGGUGAUGCCGUACAAGUCCGGGCGACAGUGGAAGUUCGCCGGCGCUUUCUACUUCUCGCUGACCGUCGUCACCACCAUAGGCUAUGGCCACAGUACCCCACAGACGACUGGGGGCAAAAUCUUCUGCAUGUGCUAUGCUCUCGCGGGUAUCCCGUUGUGUAUUGUGAUGUUUCAAAGCGUCGGAGAGAGGCUGAAUACAUUCGUAACCGUCCUUCUGAAACAAAUAAAAAAAUGUUUCAAGCUAAAAAACUCCGAGGUAUCCCAAUCGAACCUGAUCCUUGUAGCAAUGAAUCUGUCCAUCAUUGUGUUAACGGCCGGGGCCGGAGUGUUCUCUCACUUUGAGGGCUGGCAGUAUAUAGAUGCUUUUUACUACUGCUUUAUAACCCUCACUACGAUAGGAUUCGGUGAUUUCGUCGCUCUACAGAACCACAGUGCGUUGCAGAAGAACCCCCAGUAUGUCGCCUUUAGUUUGUUUUAUAUUCUAUUUGGAUUAACAGUGAUUUCAGCCGCUAUGAAUUUGCUUGUGUUACGAUUUUUGACGAUGAAUACCGAAGACGAACGAAGAGACGAGUUAGAGGCUGCUGCGGCUGCGCAGACAGCUGUUAAACUUGACGGCGACGUCAUUACUUCCAAUGGAAACGUUGUGUCACGUGCUCAGGAAAUUCCAGAGUUCAAUGAUCACGUGUCAGUAUGUUCUUGCUCGUGCUAUAAUAUACGAUCUAAAGAUAAACACAGGUACAAGGUCACGAGGUCACCAGGUAAAAUAUCACACCUGCUGCAGAUGCAGAGUGUGAGCUCAGGGCAGGAUGACGCCAUCAGCAAUGCUGAGGAUUCCAAUUCCAUUGUACAAUUUAAUUAUAUUAACUGGAAAAGAGCGUCAGUAUAGCGAGGUACCAAUUCAUCUAGGGUGUCUGUUUAUAGAGGGUACCAAUUCAUCUAGGGUGUCUGUUUAGAGAGGGUACCAGUUUAUCUAGGGUGUCUGUGUAGAUAUGGUACCAAUUUAUUUAGGGUGUUUGUUUUUUGAGGUUGAGUGCGUAUGUGUACAACUGUCAGUAAAUUGCAAGAAAGUAUGUGAGGUAGGUAUGUAUGCGUUGAUAUUGAGAGAGAGGGGAAUAAAAAAAAAAGAGAAAAAUACUAACCUUCUAGUACAUCCGGUACCACGACGGAUAUCACUUCCGGUAAGAUGUGUCGUUUUCAUUAAAGAUUUUGAAAUGAUGGUAACAAAUAUACACUGACAAGUUUUAGAAAGUGUUUUAUAAAUAUGGAACUAUAGAUAUGAAAUAAAGUAAAAACACAUGUAA